CCUUCCCCAAUUUCUACUGGACAAGCCACAAUUGAAACCUUUUUUUCACUGUAAUCCACCCCCCCCCCUUCUAUCCUUUCCCUUCUUUCCUACAGCCCAAAUCCUUACACAUCCCAUUUCCUUCCUCCCUUUGUAUUUUUACCAUCCCUGAUAUUUUUUUCGUCCCUACAGUGGGGGAGGGCGAUAUUAAGAGAGUAAAUAGCAAUAAGGCUAACUGGGAGGGUAUCCACUACAAACACGAGGUUUUUUAGCCACAAAAGCACCACAAUCUGCAGUCUCUGCUUUAAUUAAUGGGAUUUUGAGACCCCCACCCCCACCACCUCCUCCCUCUGUUCAGUCUUCGUCUUUCUCUUUCUUUCUCAGUGUGACAGUCACAGCCUUCAGGGACAUAAUGGCUGGGGGAUCUCUACAACAGAAUGCUCCUUACCCACCAUCACAGCAACAAUCCCCACAGAUGGAGACAGAAGCUACUGAUUCGAGAAAACGGCCAUUAGAAACCCCAACAGAGGCUACAAGCACCAAGAGGUCCAACACGGCAGAGGAUGGUGAGUUGUUCCUGAAAGUGCUCAUCCCAAGCUAUGCAGCUGGUUCCAUUAUUGGGAAAGGGGGUCAGACAAUUGUCCAGCUGCAGCGAGAGACAGGAGCUACAAUCAAAUUGUCAAAGUCCAAGGACUUUUACCCAGGAACAACUGAACGUGUAUGCCUGGUGCAAGGGUCAGCAGAAGCCCUGCUUUCUGUGCACAACUUCAUUGCAGAGAAGGUGCGUGAGGUACCACAAGGUGCAACUAAAAAUGACAUGGGAGCUCUUCUGCCUCCUCAAACAACCAUCAAUGCAGAGCGUGCAAAACAGGCAAAACUUAUUGUUCCAAACACAACCGCAGGACUUAUUAUUGGCAAGGGAGGUGCCACUGUCCGCAACAUUAUGGAGGAAUCAGGAGCCUGGGUUCAGCUCUCCCAAAAGCCUGCGGGACCCAAUCUCCAUGAGCGAGUGGUGACAGUGAGUGGAGAGCCUAAUCAAGUCCAGAAGGCAAUAUGCAGUAUUAUCCACAAAUCCCGUGAAGACCCACCACAAGGAACCACCCACCUUAACAUAAGUUACAUCAACACACAGGGUCCAGUAGCCAACUCAAACCCCACUGGCUCACCUUACGCUGGUGGAACAGCAGAGCCAGUGCUUACUCCCUUUUCACCAGCUCCACCAGCUCCACCAGCCAUCACAGGAGGAGACCUACUAGCCAUUUCUUCUGCCCUUAAUACUCUAGCCAGCUAUGGUUAUAGUACAGGGAUGGGCUACAAUCCUCUAGUAGGAGGAGUCCAUCCAGCUGCAGUUAAUCUUCUUGCUUCUUACACAGGGGAAACUGGUCCAGCUUUGGGACUGGGAGGGGGAGGGAUACUUUUGGAGAAGAUGGGGGCUGAAAGUCUGGCAGGUAAAGAGACCCUGGAGAUGGCUGUUCCAGAGACACUAGUAGGUGCAAUCUUGGGAAAGGGUGGCAAGACUUUGGUUGAAUACCAGGAGCUAACAGGAGCUCGCAUUCAAAUUUCCAAAAAAGGAGAAUUUGUACCAGGGACAAGAAGUCGAAAGGUGACCAUCACAGGGCCUCCAGGGGCUACACAGGCAGCACAAUAUUUAAUUGGUCAGAGGGUGGCCUAUGAGCAAGGGGUGAGGUGCAGCAAUCCCCAAAAGGUUGGGUAGAAUUAUAUUUAGUUUGACAGGAGAGAAUGUUGAGUGUGAGGGUGAUGGCAAUGCUGGGUCUGAAAGCUGCAAGAACUUGCAAUGUGAAAUAAAAGGCCAGAUUAUUAAAUGGUUCUGUGUAGGUUGUAGAUGUGUAUGUUUACAUGUCUGUGUGAGUGUGGAUGUGUGUGUGUUGAGCCAUACACAUUCAAUGACAGACUGGCUGGUUAAUCGCAUGGCACUAUUUAAGGUUACUCAGCUUGGCUCCUUCAUGCAAAAGUAAUUUUUUUACCCAAAAAUGUGAACUUUUUGAUUUUAAAACAGAAAAGGAAUGCAGAUGGGUUUUGUACAAAAAAUAUGUUGAAAGUCGUAAUAAAAACUGUGUGCCACAUAUAAACUGAUAGUUUAGAAUAGCAAUAUGCCAGACACAGGGGAACAUGGCUUUAGUACAUAUGUGUACAAAUGGUAACAUGGUAUUCUCUUCUCCCAAUCUAACUGAUUUUGCAUAAAGUGAACAAGGGUGUCCACUGAAAUUGUGGGUUUAAUUAGUAAAGAAUUAGUAAAGAAGUAAGACAUUUUGUGUGUUUCUUUUAGCAGCCAAAUUGAUAUUUAGAUCAAACAUGUACUGUAUGUCUAUUUGUUUUUCUAAAGCUGGUAGUUUGCCACAGAUUUAAGAUCAUUUGUUCAGUAACAGCACUGGCACAGAUGGCAUUUAGGAUUUGCCCUUUAACUAACAACUAGUGACUGUUAAAAACACAUUAGUAUAGUAUUGGACCUGUUAUCCAAAAUGCUCUGUACGUGGGAUUUUUUGGAUAAUGGAUCUUUCUGUAAUUUGGAUAUUUAUAGUCUGCUAGACUCCUAUAUAGUAAAGCUGGGUAAACCUAUUUACCAUUCUGUGCCUGUCUGGUCCCUAUUGUAUUAUAUCAUAAUAUAUACUAUAAUAUUCUAAGUACAAAAUUAUCCUUUACACCAUUUCCUGUUCCCAGAAAAUUGUGCCAAAAUAAUGUUUAACAUAAUACGUAGUGCCAAAACAUAGAAUUAUCUGCAUUAACAUGAUCUCCAGGAUUUAGAUAGGAUACAGAUUUUGUCUUUCAUUUUACUUGUGUAAUGCAAUACAUCCAUAACUGUGGGGGUUUUGAAAUGUUAAAUUUAAAUUCCAGUGUGUCUAACCAAGCUUUUACUUGAUAACAAAACCUCACAAAAAAAGAAAUAAUCAUGAUGUAAAAAAAAGUGUUUUGGGGUAUAGUUACAGCCAAAAUGUUAAAAUAUACAUAACUGAUGCUUUAUAAAAUAUUCUAGGUAAAAUGUUUGGACAAUACUCAGGUCUGCCUGGUUUGACAGCACAUAUAAUACCAUAAUCUGUAAUGAUACUUAGUAAAAGCUACCCAAACAAUGCCACUCCUAACCAAACUGUAUUCCUCUGUAGGAGUAGAGCAAGCUGAUUGUAUAUUGAAUGUGCCAAACUCUCUUUGCUUUAUAAAGGUUCAGAUACCUAUGAACAAUGUGGCAUGUGUAAUUACACACAUAUAUAUAUAUAUAUAUAUAUAUAUAUAUAUAUAUAUAUAUAUAUAUAUAUAUAUAUAUUCUCUCUUUUUGUAUAGGCAGAGUAUGUAUCUAUAUUACAUGUAUGUAUGCAGGUGUGUGUGUGUGUGUAUGUAUAUAUAUAUAUAUUAUAUAAAUGUGCACACUCACAUACAUAAACAUGCAACAUUUAUUCAAAUAUAUGAACAUUGCUAUACCUGUAGAGAAAAGCAAAUAGUGAAAUAUACAAUAUUUCUUAUAAAUAUUUUUUCUCUAUUAUCACACACCCUGUGAGUGUACGCAGAAUAUUGCAAACAAAAAAAAAACUUGUAAUUAAGCCAGUUGGGGUCAAAUUAUGUAAAAUUAUAUACCUGUACUGUAAAUUAGAGGCACUCCUCAGGGUUAUACAUACAUACUGUGUGAGUAUCUAACACACACUGAGACAUCUCGUAAUUAAAUGCACAAGCUAAUAGACACACAGAGCAGGAAUCGAAUAAGUUAUACUAUAUUUUGAAACGUAUGUAUACACAGAAUGUAUGAAAACACAUGUUGGAUUUAUAGGCACCUUCACAACUAUUUAUACACAUGUGUUGUAUGCUUGUAUACAAACACACUGUAAUUCAUGCUAGUUCCUUGACAGAAUUACUUGCAGAUAAGCCAUCACUGGACAAGAAAAAUGAGUAAAAUAUUAAUGUAUGAAUUGGACCAGCAAUUUUUUAAUUUUCCGCUUACUGAAGACAGCUCUGUGAAUAUGUAGCUGAUUAUAAAUAUUUGACUGAUUAUAAACA